AAUAAUAAUAAUAAUAAUAAUGGGGCAAGAGUGUCCCAACCAACGGAACAUUUUUGAAAUAUGCAUAGCUGAAAUUGUCUUGAUAGCGAAAAGAAGGGAAUAGCAACCAAAAGCAGUGGGAAAUAACGACAAUAAUCAAUGAAAAACAUAGUUGUUAAUGCUGACUCAGCAUUCCCAACGAGUACAAUACAACCGUUGACAAUACACCGUUCAAAUACGGGGAAAAUAUGGAAAUAUGAACCCUUUGACCAUGUUACUACAAAAAACUCAGCUUCCCAGCAUGCCUCUGUGAAGGAAGCGGCCGUGCAGGCGGGACAGCCUCGUAGGACUUCGUUGCUGGGAGACUGUUUUGCGCGCUGCCGUUUGAAUGUGUGUGUGUGUAUGUGUGUGCGCGCGCGCGCGUGCUCUGUCUGUUAAACGGAUUACUACUGAGCCAGAGUACGAGUAAAGGAAGACAAAUCAUGCUGACUAACGCCGCAGACAGCGUUGUGAGCACCGGCGUUUACUGAGGGAUGAAGAGCAAAACACUGAAGGCGCUCAAAGUCGGAACCAGCAAAAGAAAAGUCUCCAGCGAUGUGUCGCCCUCCACCAGCCUCCCGCCUCUGGUCGAGGGUCCACUCAGAUGCUUCCUGCGGGUGACGGUGAGUCGUUUGUUGUGGACCAUUCACAAGCCUCCGCCUUCAACAUUCGUCCGGCUUCGCUGGUGGGGAGAGUCGUCCAAAGAGACACACUUCUUUCCCAGAGAUGGAUCGCAACUCCUGCAGAAGAGCAUCAAGACGACGGCACGCUUUGCCGUGCGCUGUGGACCAAAGCAGUUCACCUCAUAUCUUACAGAUAUGGGCUCACUGGUGCUGGAAGUUCUGACCAAAUCGGAUCAUUUUCCGAUCGCUCGGGCGCAGGUCUCUGGUAUCUCCCGUCUCUCUCUGUCACUGCCCAUCAGUGGAUUUUACACCCUUGUGUCUCCCACUUCUGAAAAGCUGGGGGAGCUACAGGUUUCUCUGAAGUUGGAGCCUUUGACUGAAGCGUACGACAGCAGCGGCUCGUGUCCUCACACUGACGUCAGCGUUGAGGUUCCACAAGUCGCCUCAUCAUCCGCCCGUCCACGCAGAUCACUGUCAGCUGGCAGUGGGAGCAGCAGCGGAAACACACCAAGAGGGAAAGAUCACUUAUAUUUCCAAGAGAAUCAAAUGCCGACAACAAACGGAUCUCAAAAUGGCCAAACAGCUGCAGACCCUUUAAAUCAGGAGCUUAGUGGACCAGCGACCAAAGAUAUCCUCUCAGUUAUUUCAGAGCGUGGGAACAAACUGCGAGACGCUAUGGUGCUCUCGGCUCUCAAGUGUGACGUGGAUUCUGCCGCAGCUCUUAAAGACACUCCUCUGCCUCUUCCAAAGGACAACAUCCUGCCACCUUUCAAGCCUGUGCCUUCUCCUUCUGGGAUGUUUCUUGAAAAUAUUCUGCACGCCGAUUCUUCUCUCAAACGCUCGAACGGUGUCGCCGACUCAACUCGUCGCCACGAGUUCGACUGUGCUGCUGCUGACUUGGACAAUAGAGCUGUAGAGAUUCUCCUUGGCGGCUUAAGCACGUCACGUCUUCAUUGGGAUGGAGACGACAUCUCGUCUGGCCACAGCAGCGUCGGUGGCGACAGCGAGCUCAAUGAUCCACAGUACGAUCAGAGCUUACUGGAAAAUUUAUUCUACAAAACCCCAAUGAUGGAAACCAGAGCAGAUGACACUCAAGCAGAGGCUCAGGGAACAGUGUCCUCGAGUACAAAGCAACCAAAACAGAUUAGUGGAGGUCCCACGUCAGAGUCUCGGUGCUCUGCAGACGCUGCUGGGCUUCCUGCCGGCCUGACUGCGGAGCAGUCGGCUCUACUGUCUUUGAUUCGCGUGGCCAAAGUGAGUGUUGACUCCCUGACUGUGUCUACAAGCAACACAAGUACCACACUCAAAAAAACCCUAACUAAAGGGAAACCUCCCCGACCGCUAACUAACACAAAAUGCACUUAUUUUGUUGAGUACGCAUUACCGUCGGCAACCACUUCAAGUCCAGCGGUGACAAAAGCUGUUUCCAGUAAAGUCACAGGAGGAGUGGUGAAGUUCCUCCAUUGCUCUGUGUUUCCUGUCCACUUCAGCACAGCGACGGUGAAACACUGGUGGCAAACGGAUCUGAUUUUUAAGAUUUUCUCACAAAGGAGCGACCAAAGGAAUCCUGUUCUCAUCGGUGAAGCCGCUCACCCGCUGCGUUGUCUGCUGCAGAAGGAGCAGCUGAGUCAGUCUGUCGUGUUACCUGUUGGCCUGGGGGGACACGGUAAAACACAGGAGAUUGGACCUCUUUUGGUGUCUCUAGAACUUGCUGCUGACAGAGUUUCCUCCUCUGGAAAAAGCAAAAGCAAGUUGUCUCGGAGAGAAAAGUCAUCGUCAUCGACUGCACCCUGUCCUCAGGGAGAGAGAUUCCAACUUGGUCGAUCCGGCAGAGAGGAGUUACCUCGUAACUCUAUGGAAGACUCCAGGCUAAAUGUUUGCACUCCACAGAGACCCGUGGAAGAACCCACUCUUCAUCCAGGUCCCAUCACAUCGUCUUAUGAACCCUGGCAGCAGGCGCAUGAGGAUUCAGAGGUCCUGCUGCACACUUUGCUCAUGGUACCAGACGGGAAGAACUUCAGCCGUGGACCCGUUCAGGCUCCAAACGUCUACUUGAACUGUAAACUCUUUUGGUGCGACGAGAUGACGAGAUCUGUGGUCAGCUGGGGUCAGACGAACCCAUCUUUUAACUUUGCUCAGGUGACUCCUGUGGCUUUAACUCCGAAGCUGUUGGAGCGGAUGAAGAACAACAUGAUGGUCAUUGAAGUGUGGCAGAAGACGGGAAGCUCAGGUCAGGAUCGACUCCUGGGUCUCGUCAAAUUACCUCUUCACCAGUUCUACAUGUCCUUUAGAGAUCCAAAGAUUGCUCGCCUCCUCCUCCAGGCGCAGUAUCCUGUUUUAGGGGUGGACUGCUACAUGCCGGUUGUGGACGUGUUCUCGGGGGGCUGUGAAGGAAACCUCAGGGUCGUGCUGGCGAUGGGAGGAUCCGAGCAGAUAGUCGCCCUCCAGCGGUCGAGAGAUGAGGAGUAUGACCACUCGUCUCACUGGGUGAAACCAGUUCAUCUGCUCGAUCAACAGCCACGUUUACAAACAAAGGUCGUAGCUGCACGUCAUGAGCCGGUGAGGGAGCAUGUGUUUGUGAUCAGAGUAGAGAAAGUCACCGGGCUGACACCGCUGCAGUCCACAGUGUGGGGUGAAGCUGACUGCUACGUCCAGUACACUUUCCCCCGUGAGAACGGUGACACAGCCGCAACCUUGGACCAAAACCUUGUUGAGAGCAGUGUUGACCUGAAGCAGUUUCGUACCACCACCACCCUGUGUGUGCCAGACCCGGUGUUCGGCCACACUGAGACUCACGUGCUCCUGGCUCCUGAAGGUGUGCCGGUCCAGACAUUGUUGCUCAGCUCUCUCUCGAGUCGAGGCCUCAGCAGUGGUGGAGGUGUCCAGUUUGAAGUGUGGUGCAGAUAUUAUUAUCCAAACGUCAGAGAUCAGCUUGUGGCCAAAGGGCUGCUUCCAUUGUCCAAGCUGUGUGCCAUGGUCACCAUGCAGAGACAACAUCCUGAAGAAGCCCACAUGUUCUCCUUACCCCUGAUUCCCAGGACAGACGGUCUGACGGGACAUCGGGCCCCGUCCUCAGGUCUACUGGAUGUUUGCGUUCGGUACAAGCACCGGCCUGUGAGGCCUGACGCUUACGCCAGUCAAGGAGCCGCCUCUCGUGUUGUGACUCUUGUGGUUGAGGUGCACAGAGCGUCAGGUCUGCAGGUGGCAGCGAGGUUAUUAUCAGAACAGGAUGAAAGGUUUGACUACUUUGCCAGUGUGGGUGUGAACACAUACGUCACAGUCCAGCUCUCCUUCACCCCGGACAGCGAGAGGAGGCGCACGCGUGUCGUUGCCAGGACUUUCUGCCCCGAGUUCGACCACCACGCUGAGGUUUCCUGUGACCUGCUGGUUCAGAGGAGCAGCGGAGAGACCUGCAGUCUGGCUGAGCUGCUGCAGGAGGCAUCUGCUGUCUUCACUGUGUGGAACACAGACAAUCGCGAAGGAUUCAGCCUUUCCAAGCCUAAGGAUGCGAUGUUGGGGACAGUGAAAAUACCGUUAGAUGAUCUCAUUCAUAAAAGAACAGGUAUUUCUGGCUGGUUUGGAGUGUAUCUACCUCAGGAAACAGGUUCUCCUCAGCAUCGGCAGGUCUUGGUCGGGGGUCUAGAAAUCUCCGUCAGCUUUGCCCACCACUCAGACAGAGAGAGAGUGAUUAAAGCUGCUCAGGGUUUGGGCUGGGUAAUGUCGCAGAGUGAUGAUGAAACGCAGUGCGAUGAAGAGUCCUGGGAAGGAAACGGAAAAACGCUCUCGCUGUCAUUCUCGAUACCCAGAGCGUGGAUGCCGGUUCACUGUUUGCUCCUGCCGGGCCACGCUGAACUCCAGCGCUCCACCUACUGCUACUUCAGGUACAAGUUUUAUGAACAGGAGGCCUUCUGCUCUCAGAUGAAACACCCGUCCGUCACGGAGGCCGACGACAGCCAGGCUACAGUGAGCUUUGAAGGAAGUAGAGCUGUGGAGCUGAGGGCGACUCGGCCUUUAAUGUGGUAUCUGCGAGAGGAGCGGCUGGAGCUGCAGCUGUGGCUGGCUUUCAAGAAGGACAAAACCACAAGACCCACAGACACGGACCGACUGGUCGGCUCAGCGUUUGUCGAUCUGUCCUCGCUCGCAAAGAUCCCAGAGCAAAAGCUGACGCUGAGUGGUGUGUACCCACUGUUCAGACGCUCUGCAGCAGACCUGCAGGGGGCAGCGCUCAGGGUUCACAUCACACUGACCGCAAAUUCUGUCCCUGGGGAGGCGUCUGCUUGGGCUGAUACCCAGAUGGACUAUGACAGCCAGGGGGAGCUCUCACCAGACGAAGUGGAAACAGCAGCUCGGCCGCCUUCGCCCGGAACGCUCAAUAAGCUCAGACACCAGAGUAAAUCUCUCCGAACUACGUCAGACGUUACAUCUGUGCCGCACACAGAAACAACUGUGGAGGAUUCUUUCCCGGUGACUGUUGUGGUGGACCGCGCCAUGCACCUGAAUCUGAAAAGCUGCCCUCUAGCAGAGCGCAGUGAAACCACACCGUGCAGCUGUGUUUCAUACGUCACUGCUGACUCUGCUGAACCGGUGUUUACGACGGUUGUAUCAGACACCGACUGCCCUGAGUGGGACCAUCAACAGGAGUGCAGGCUUCCAAACCAGCUGUUGGUUGACCCCCAACAGUCUCUUGUGUUCAAAGUCUGGCAUAAAGGAGAAGUGGAGAGGGUGUUGGGAUUUGCCUCCGUGGAUUUGACUCCUCUGCUCUGCGGCUUCCACUCGGUGUACGGUUGGUACAACAUCACAGACUUCAGCGGUCAGUGUCACGGUCAGCUCAAAGUGUCCGUCACACCGCUGAAGGGCGUCCAGGACCUGAGAGAGCAGAGAAGACCUGUGAAUGAAGAGGCUUCCAAUAACUCAUCUGUUUUAGCAUUCAGCUAUCACACCACAGCCACCUACAGUAGCUUCCCCUCUCACAUCAGCCGCUACACUGAGCAGAAGAUCUCAUCUCCUGAACAAACGGACAGAAUGUUUCCUAAAAGGUCCAGUGACAGAGACGGUCACGUCGAGCACAUGGACAAAGUGCGUUUUUACCAUCAGAGUCUACAGGAACAAGCAGCAGCAGCUCAGUGUGUCUGUAACAGCAGUGACGUGGACAUGAAUCCGUCCAGCUCUUUCCUGCUCUCAGCUCUCAGGAAGAAUCAAAGCGAGCUCGACAACAUGCAGAGGUAUUUCAGCCGCAAGCUUUCCACACCUGCAUUCACAUCCGCGUCGGAACACAACAGCAGAGACGAGCGCGAGGAACGGAGGGAGACAGACACGAGUCGGCUUCUCCUGAAGACGGACCAGCUGGUUGGAAAGUGUGACAACCUCAUUAGCGGUCUACAAGGAAUUCACCUGGACACAAUCGCCUCCCACCUCCAGAGCAGCUCAGUAACCCCCUCUUGUGAAAACACAAACCUCCUAACUAUUCCUGAGAGCAUCUCCAGUCUAAGCACAAAUUCAAAUUCCUCUCAAGAAGAUGUGUCUCCUCCGCCAUUGCUCCUUCCCACGACGUCUGAAGAGCACAGAGGCUCCGAGGCAGAGGAAGACACCAAUAGACAACACUACAAAUGCACUGUGUCCGAUCGUGAAGACGGAGAGAGUUCGGACGAGGAAAAAGAUGAAGUCACCUGCAUAAGAGACGAGGGAGCCGAGGAGGAUGAAGAUGACGAUUAUGACGUGGUUGUGGUGAAGCCCAGGCAUCUAAACGAGCUGACGUCUUUGACGGACAAAACCAGUCCCUGGACCAGCUUCCACUCAGACCCUGACCUGGUUUCUCUGGAGAGUGUGGAGGCACCAGAAGAGCCGGACUUGAGCCAAGAUGAGGACGAGACGAAACGGGAGGCAAAUCUGGAGACCCUGGAACGUGGAAGUGUAAGACAAGAGGACAGUGACAGUUUUCGUGAAUCAGUGGAGGACGUUUCAGAGCCUGAGAGAGACGACGGAAGGACACUAAAAGCUAUAGACGAGAGAAGCCCCUGUAAGGAGUCAGAUGAUUCUGGCCCAUCAACUUCUCUACAGCACAACACAGACAACCAUGAUUCUUCCCUGGAAGGUGAAGACUCAGAGCCACAAACCUCGGUUCCUGUGGACAUCCCUAACUUCUUCCUCCCCUCUCACCAGCUGGAGGCGUCAAUGAGAACCAUUCACUUGGCUCCGACCUUUUCCCACUUGUCUGGCGACACAACCUCUUCAGGUCAUCGCAGACGUCGACCACAGCGUCCCAACAUGUCUCCGUCAUCCAUGAAGAAAGCGACCGAUAGAAUCGCAAAAAUAUUUGCAACUCACUUUGAUGAGAGUCAUUAGUGUUUAGUGUUUUUUUUGUGUGUGUGUGUAUUUUUUUUUCUGCCUUUGAACUGUGAAAAUAGUGUGUAAAUUUAAUAUAUAAUUUUGUAUGUUUUACAAAUAAAUAUUUUGCAAUUUGCUGUUUUUAAUAGCUAGGUAUAAUUCAGUCUUUCCAUCCGCCUGUGGUCAUGAAGAGCAGAACUUGAAAACGGUUUUGUAAUUCAAACAAUUUUGUCAAUCAGGAAGUGACGUUGUGACAUUUUGGAAUUCAUGACAUUACUUUUCUUUUAUUCCCUUGUCAACAGAGUCAAGGCUUUUCACCAAUAAGAAAAAGUGUAAGAAUUACUGACAUCUAAUGGAAAGAUUGCAGAUCACUACAAAUGGAGGACUCCUCUUCCCACCCCUCCCUUUCCCAAUGUGUGAACUACGGUGGCCUACUUUUACCAGAAAGGUAUAUGUAGUAUAUGUAAACACAUUUUGCCCCGAACUAUCUUACUCUUCCUGCCAUUUUCCUCUUCUUUUUCUUAGCCUACCCAUUGAAAUCAAAUCUAAUUGACAUGAAAUUUCUUGCUGGGUAUCAAACGUCAUGAGAACACGAAGUUUCUCCACCUUAGACUCCCGAAACCUAACCCAUACCUUUAUCACAAUUUUCUGGUGAACAAAACAUUACAUUAUAUAAUAACAAUAUCGAUACUGUAGAGAAAGUAUUUUAUCAAUAUCCAGCCCCUUCAUCAGUUUAGAAAUGUUUGUUUCUGAGCCUUCAGCAUCUUAAAAUGUAAAUUUAUAACUAACUUUGACAUUCUUACAGCUGCAAACAGUCUUCGUCUUUGUAGAUUAUGUCCAUGUCACUGAAUGUGUUUUGUUUGUUCCUCCAGAAACUGGUAUUUUCUUUCUUUUCAGGAGAUUUCACUCACUAUUGCAUUGUCACACCCAGUGCUUUCCCUUUUCUUUGUUGGUUCAUUCUUUUCAUGGCUGAAACCGGAGUACACAUUCAGAGCUAUUUAAUGUUGAAACCAGCAACAAGAAACACUCAGUCACUCUUUCAAAAUUUCUGCUCAAUUGCACAAAGGGUGGGUUCACAUUAAAGGCGUUACGUGUUAUGAAAUAAUCCAAUUUCAAUAGUGCAUUAUGCUGCCUGUCGCAAUGGUAAUAUCUUAUAAGCUUGUGUGGUGGGAUUCUCAGCUGCCAAUUCAGUUUAAAUUUAAUUUUAGACUCACUAUAGUGAGAUGAAUAAAAGACAGACAAUACCACAUUCAGUUUAUAAAACAGUUCAUGUUCACCUUAAAAAUGGACUAAAACAAAAGAGACUGACAUUUUGAGACAUAAAGAUGUAAAAUAUGAAAUAAAUUAUAUAAAUAAUUUGUAACCAGAAGUUUUCUAAAAUGUCUACAGGAAGGAGGGAAGUGUGCUUAAUUCAAGAAGGUGCUGUAUUUUGUUCUUGAGUCAGUUGCACUAAAAGAAAAAGCAGUUUUCCAAAAAACAUAUAUAUAAAAUAGCUUAUAAUAGCCUUUGUCUACUGUACUUGGCUAUGUAUUUUUUGUAAAUACAACAUCAAUCUCCAUUGUUUUGCAGAUUACACUCAGCAAUAUCUCCCUCUGAAAUACAAGCCUGGAUGUCCUACAUCUUAAUGAGCCCCACUCUACCAACCAUAUGAAUACAUGAUACAGAUGCCAAAAAUCUUUUCAUUCCAACCAUACGUUUUCACAGUCAAGUGUCUGAUGUUGUACAAUUAUGAUUUUGUGAACUCCCCCCAUUGCAAAAACUGAAAUGUUUCGUCAGAUGACUGCAGUGCACUUUAUUUAGGACUAAACCAGAACACAAUCUCUUGUCUGCGGCUUGUACAAAAUGCUGCUGCUUGGCUUUUAAAAAAUACAAGGAUGUUAUUUAAAUUUUUUAUUAAGAACUUUUAAGGCCAUUUGGUCCAAGUUAUUCUAGCUUGUUCUUUUUAUAUUCUUAUUAUCUAGCUAGCUAGCUGGAUAGCUAGAUAGAUAAGUAGUAGAUACCUACCUAUGUACAUAUUUAUGUAUUUCUAUAGAUAGAUACUGUAUAUAGAUUCAUAUACAUACUGUUUGAUUUGUAGAUGUAUAUGGAGAUAGAUCUUUACUCACACGUGUAGAUGGAUAGACGGGUGGGUAGGUACCUGCUGAUUUACAUACGUAUGUAUGUAUGUAUUUGCAAACGUAGAUUGGUAGGUACAUACAUAAAUAGGCAGAUUGUUUGACUUUUAUUGCUGCCUUCUAAAGUAUACUUUCCAAUAAGAAAUUCCAUUAUUUUCAUUAUUAUUGUUAUUAUUUUUAUCACCACAAACACAGCAAAACAACACCUAACCCUAGUUCAAAUAGCCUUUGUAAGGCUGCUGUACUGUGCUGUUUGUUUUUGAAAACCCUCCACUAGCAGUGGCUUAAAAGGCCAAUAAUAAAAGUGUAGAAGUGUACACAGUGUCUCUGUUGCACCCAAGUGCAAACAGUGCUGGACUCUGUAACUUCAACAAAGCUCCCUGAAGGCAUCACAGUGUUCAGUGCUUUAAGAACUGUGACAUUAAACACCUCAUUGUGUUUGAA